AUGAGCACUCGGCCCUAUGAGAUAACCAUCCUGGGCGCCACAGGAUGGACCGCCACAAUCUGUGCUGAGCAUAUUGCCAAGACCUUCCCAACAAAUACGAAAUGGUGUAUUGCAGGUCGUUCAGCCGCAAAGCUUGAAGUUCUGCGCCAAGAACUCCGGGCCAUCAAUCCCGAUCGACUGGAACCGGACAAUUACGUUAUCCCUCAACUCGAUGGUGAGGGCCUCAAUCCCCUGGUCAGAGACACCGAAGUUCUGAUCAACGGUAUUGGACCAUAUCACCGCCAUGGCACCCCCAUCGUUGAAACAUGUGCCCGUAACGGCACCCAUUACGUCGACUUUAGCACCGAAACUGCAUGGAUCGCUCAGAUGAUCCGUGAUUUUCACGAGGUGGCCAAAGGUUCAGGCGCUAUUAUUAUCCCGGCUAUCUCGGGAUCGAGUGCUCCAUCUGAUCUUGUGUCGUGGCUGAUUGCUAGACAUCUACGAGAGAAAAAUCUACCAGCAGCAUCUGAAAUCGUAUGCUCUGGGAAACUCAACAUGCUCGGGAUGCAAGGUGGUUCCCUGCAUACUGUUCUUGACGUUGCUGAGACUUAUGGGAUCAAUGGCUGGCUGACUUCUGACACCUCGGUCUUGGUGCCAGAUCCCAAGCAUGUGGUAAAGAAAAGCCAGGGAUUUCUGGGUCAUCGCUACGACCAACAUCUUGGGCAUCUGGCGACAUCCUUCGUGGCGUGGGGUAAUGAGUCCGUCGUUCAACGAUCAGCAGCCUUGAAUCCGAAGAUUUACGGACAGAGCUUCGUGUUUAAGGAGUACAGCCCAGCCACUGGCCAUAUAUCUGCACUACUCAUGCACAUCGCCACAAAACUGGGCAUUUUCUUGCUAGUAUUACCAUGGUUCAGAUCCUUCGUUCGUGGUAAGUCUUUCGAUCCAGGAUCUAGACCCGACAGAGACAAAAGCCGCAAGAUUGAGAGUGCGGAAUGGAAGGCAGUCGGCUAUGUGACUGACAAUAAAGAACCAGUGGCGUUGGCCAAGUUCAGCUACAAAGGAGCGCUGGUUGACAUGGCUGCAAUUCUAGCUGUAGAGGCUGCAGCGUCAAUCAAUCAGAUGGACAAGAAUGGAACUACUGGUGCUGGACUAUUGACGCCAUCCACAUUGGGCAUCACAUUUGUGGACCGACUUCGGGCAGUGGGUUUCGAUCUCAUUGUUGAAGGACUUGAAAGUCAUUGA